UUCGCCGCCAUGUUCCGCCUCAUGAUAAGCCAGGCUAAAAAGCACCCAAGCUUGACUCCUCUCUUCUUGUUUAUUGGCGCUGGAGGAACUGGUGCAGCCUUUGUAUGCCUGGUUCUUUUAAAUCCUGAUGUCUGCUGGGACAAGAAGAAUAACCCAGAGCCUUGGAACAAGCUGGGACCCGAUGGCCAGUACAAGUUCGUUGCAGUUAGCAUGGAACCUACAGCAAGCUGAAAAAAGAAGGCCCAGACUACUACAGAAUAAACUUGCUCCUUUACAAGCUGUACAAAAUGAAGGUCUUUAGGUCUUCCAGAAGCUGUCCGCACAACUCGUACGCUUAAUCAUCCGGGAAAUAUUGGAUUUUGUUGCACAUGGCACUUCAAUCAUGUUUUGGAAAAGUGCUUGUCGGGGCUUAAUAAAAUUCUGAAGCUUGAAAAAAAAA